UUACGCAAACGGAGAGAGAGAGAGAGAGGCAGUGGAAGGGCCUUGGGCGGGAGUGCCAAUUGAACUCUCUCUCUCUCUCUCUCUCGCUGUGAGACGAGGCCAUGAAAUUGAUAAUCCUUCUUUCUAAGUCUUAAGCGGGGUUUUAUCAUCCUUCUCCCGAGCCUUGAUAACCCUUCUUUCUAAAUCCUAAGGGGGGGUUCAAUCAUCAUUCUCUCGAGUCUACAUUUCGCUACUGAAGUUGAAAUUCUUCUAUGUGCGGAGUUCUGUGUGGGUUGCGGCUUCUUCUCAUAAAAGAUGGCAUCAAUGACCAACUUCACAAAGCAACCAUAUGCCGACGAAGUCGGCCCGCGGAAGAUAAAGAGCAUCCAAUUCUCGACUUUCUCGGGUACGGAGGUCAUGAACGCUGCGGAAGUACAAGUGCAUAAGCCAGUUUUUUACGAAAUAAACCGGGAGCCUGUCGCUCAUGGAUUACUGGACAGGCGCAUGGGCAUCUCAAGUAAAAGUGGUUUCUGUGCCACUUGCCAUGCUGAUUUUACCAAUUGUCCAGGCCAUUUUGGAUAUCUAAAGCUUGUUCUUCCUGUGUUUCAUAUUGGAUAUUUUAAGGAUAUUCAGACAAUCUUACAGUGUAUUUGCAAGUCGUGUGCACACAUACUUCUUCCAGAGAAUGAACGCAAAGCACUUCUGAAGAACAUGAGAAAUCCAAGAUUGGAGGCAUUGCAAAAGAAAGCUUACUUGAAAAAGGUCAUUGGUAUAUGCAAACGCGUUCAUAUCUGCCCUCACUGUGGGGAUUACAAUGGAACUGUGAAAAAGGCUUCCAUGCAGCAACCUGCACUAGCUAUUUCUCAUCAAUAUUCAAAUUCAAACGAUAAGAAGUUUAUGGAUUGCAGCAGUGAUUCAAAUGGGAAGAACAUUUGCAUCCUGAACCCACUAAGAGUUUUGCACCUGUUUAUGAGAGUAACCGAUGAGGAUAAAGAUAUACUUUACCUUUAUGAUAGACCUGAAAAGCUGCUUAUUACAAACAUUCCCGUACCACCAACACCAAUUCGCCCUUCUGCAUUUGUGGAUUCUGGAUCAAUGAGCAAUGAAAAUGACAUCACAAGCAGAUUGAAGACAAUACUUCAAAUAAAUAAUGCUGUGCGUUUACAGUUGCAAGAUGGAAAUACCCAGGCUUGUAUGGAUAACUGGUUACUUCUUCAGAAUGAGGUUGGCCUGUAUAUAAAUAGUGACCAUCCUAGUAUUCAGUCAUCAAACAUGCAGUCACAACCAUUGCAAGGAUUUGUCCAACGCUUGAAAGGCAAACAUGGAAGGUUCCGAGGGAAUUUAUCAGGAAAACGUGUCAACUUCACUGGAAGGACUGUUAUCUCUCCAGAUCCAAACCUGAAAAUUACAGAGGUUGGAAUCCCCAUACUGAUGGCCCAGAUAUUGAGCUACCCAGAACGUGUAUCUCACCAUAAUAUUGAGAAGUUGAGGCAGCGUGUCCGAAAUGGUUUACAAAAGUAUCCAGGGGCAAAUUAUGUCAUUCUUGCUGAUGGUACUAAACAGUUUUUGAAGUUUGGUAAUAGAGAGCACAUUGCAGAGGAACUGAAACAUGGUUGCAUUGUUGAGCGACAUUUAGAGGAUGGGGAUGCUGUACUUUUUAACAGACAGCCAAGUCUACACCGGAUGUCUAUCAUGUGUCACAGAGCCAAAAUUAUGCCUUGGAGAACUCUGCGGUUUAAUGAAUCUGUUUGCAACCCAUACAAUGCAGACUUUGAUGGUGAUGAGAUGAAUUUACACAUUCCUCAAACUGAAGAAGCUCGUGCUGAAGCGCUCAUGCUAAUGGGGGUGCAAAAUAAUUUAUGCACGCCUAAAAAUGGACAAAUUUUGGUUGCUUCAACCCAAGAUUUCUUGACUUCAUCAUUCCUUAUUACAAGAAAAGAUACUUUUUAUGACCGCGCUGCAUUCUCUCUCAUGUGCUCAUAUAUGGGGGAUGCGAUGGAUCCAAUUGACCUGCCAACACCAGCUUUGUUGAAGCCUAUCGAGCUUUGGACUGGGAAGCAAUUAUUCAGUGUGUUGAUACGUCCACAUGCCAGUAUGAGGAUCUAUGUGAAUCUUUUCCUUAAAGAGAAAAACUGUAUGAAAAAUCGUGGAACUAUGUGUCCCAAUGAUGGAUUUGUAUAUAUCCGUAACAGUGAGCUUCUGUGUGGCCAGGUUGGGAAGGCUACUUUAGGAAAUGGAAACAAAAGUGGUCUCUUCUCUGUACUCAUUAGAGAUUAUAAUGCACAUGCUGCUGCGUCUUGCAUGAACCGUCUAGCUAAGUUGAGUGCUAGGUGGAUUGGAAACCAUGGUUUCACAAUAGGGAUUGAUGAUGUCCAACCAGAGGUGAGGCUUGCAAAGAAAAAUAGUCGUGUUAUACGACUGGCACAGAACCAUUGCAAUUCUUAUAUAGAUGACUACAAUAAAGGUGUACUUCAACCACAGCCUGGCUCUACUGCUGCCGAAACUUUGGAAGCUAUGAUAACUAGUGAGCUGAGUGGCAUCCGAGAGAAAGUUGGAGAGGUUUGUACUAAAUUGUUACCUUGGAGGAAUAGUCCUUUGAUCAUGUCACAAUGUGGAUCAAAAGGUUCUCUCAUCAAUAUCUGCCAGAUGAUUGGUUGUGUAGGGCAGCAGUCUGUUGGUGGUCGCCGUGCUCCGAAUGGGUUUAUGGAGCGGAGUUUGCCUCACUUUUUGCGGAAUGACAAAUCACCUGCUGCCAAAGGAUUCGUAACUAACUCAUUCUAUACAGGACUGACUGCAACAGAGUUUUUUUUCCAUACAAUGGGUGGACGCGAGGGCCUUGUGGACACUGCGGUUAAAACCGCUGAUACAGGGUACAUGUCACGGAGGCUAAUGAAAUCAUUGGAAGACCUUUCAAUUCAUUAUGAUCAAACAGUUCGUAAUGCUAGUGGUGUGAUAGUUCAACUUCGAUAUGGCGAGGAUGGCAUGGAUCCAUCAAAAAUGGAAGGGGAUGAUGGUCAACCUCUAAAUUUGGAGCACUUAUUUGUUAAGAUGCAGGCUGUUUGUCCACUUGGUUCACAAAAGUGUUUAUCACACGAUGAAAUACUGAGGAUUGUAGACGACAGACUUUCAAAGGCUGGUUUGAUGCCAGAGGAUGGUUCCUCUUCUUCCUUUAAGGAUAUGUUGAUAGGUUUCAUCAAAAAGCAACUUUCUGCUUGGAACAUGCCUUUCGAUGUUCGGAAAAAAGAAGACAAUUACAAAGAUCAGAAAGAUGUACUUUUAGUUGCUGGAAAUAAAGCUGGAAUUUCUUCACAACAGUUGAAGUACUUCUUGGAGACCAGCAUUCACCGCUAUCGUUCAAAAACAGUAGAAGGUGCAACUGCUGUUGGAGCCAUUGGUGCUCACAGUAUUGGAGAACCAGGAACUCAAAUGACGCUGAAAACUUUCCACUUUGCUGGGGUUGCAAGUAUGAAUGUCACUCUUGGUGUUCCUCGGAUCAAGGAAAUAAUCAAUGCUGCCAAGAACAUCAGUACACCAAUAAUUACAGCCAUUCUUAGCUCCCACGAGGAUAUAAAUGUGGCACGUAUAGUGAAAAAUCGCAUUGAAAGUACUAUGCUUGGGCAGGUGUCAAAAUCUAUAAAGAUUGUUUACUCUGGAAGAGAUGCAUAUCUUCAGGUGAACCUUGAUUGGGAGGCUAUUGAAGCUAUGCAUUUGGAGAUUUCAUCCUACACAAUUAUUGAUGCAAUCUUGAAACAUCCAAAGAUCAAGUUAAAAAGAGAGAAUAUCGCUUGUGUGGAUGAUUGGGAGCUGAAGAUUUACCCUCCCGCGUCUGAUAAAAAGAAGCUGGAUUAUGCUCUUCAUUUUAUAAGUUCCUUACUUCCAAAUGUUGUUGUGAAGGGUAUUCCAACGAUUAGUCGUGCAAUUAUCAAGGAAGAUGAAAAGAGCUAUGUUGAUGCGGAAGACCAAAAGAAGAAGAAAAAGUUAUACAGUUUGUUACUGGAAGGGACAAAUCUCACUGCCGUCAUGGGGAUCCCUGGAGUGGUGGGGGAGAAAACAAAGAGCAACCAUGUUAUUGAAAUUGAGCAGACACUAGGGAUUGAAGCUGCAAGGCAAUCAAUAAUUGAUGAAAUACAGUUUAUUAUGAAGAACCAUGGCAUGACGAUUGAUAUUCGUCACAUGAUGCUUCUUGCAGACGUUAUGACAUUUAAGGGUGAAGUGCUAGGAAUCACAAGAUUUGGCAUUAAAAAGAUGAAAGACAGUGUACUGAUGUUGGCAUCAUUUGAGCAAACAACUGAUCACUUAUUUGAUGCAUCUGUACAUGGGAAAGUUGACCCAAUCGAAGGGGUCAGUGAAUGCAUUAUAAUGGGCAUCCCCAUGCCGAUUGGCACAGGACUGCUUAAAAUUAAGCAAAGUCUUGAUCAGGUUCCGGAGCUCAAAUAUGGUCCCGACCCACUUAUUUCAUGAAGUAUCUUUUAUGUGGAUUUUUCUUCAUCUUUACCAACUACAGAGUGCAAAAAGAAGAUUGCAGUUUUUCCAAGUAAUCCAAUUAGUCGACCUCUGCCUUGGUGCCAUGGCGGUGGAUAAGCAUGACUCCCUACAUGGAGCAAGUUUUGUUAGUGAGUGUAACUUUAACUAUAGGCAUUGUUGUAUAUGGGAAUAACUAUUUGUAGGAACGUGAACGUGGUGGGAGUCCUAUCAUCACUUCAAUUCCCAUGGGUGUUAUGCUCCUUGUUCAAAAGGGUGAGGCACGGUUCUGAGUUGAAGGUGUACUGUUCCCACUGUAGGGCAUUGGCUCUCACUCUGGUGGUAGAAUCUUCCUCCAGCUCACCCCAAAAGCAGGAAAACUAAAAUUAUUUAUAGGAAUCCAAGCAUUAUUGUUUGCUCUCUUCUUGGAUUCACUUUUUUCCUUUUAUACUAUUUUAUUGCUAUGUAAUUGAUGUAAAGUAAACGUGGUCCCAACAAAUCCUUAUCAUCAUUGUAAAUAACGUGCCCAUGUUAUAAAUUAAUUUAUUUCUUUUUUGGGGGAA